AUGGCGAUCGUUUCCCUAGAUCCCGGCGCUUAUGUCUUCACCCUUCAGAAUCUUCCCCAAGAAAUCCAGGCUCUAAUCUACGGAUUCGCCGUUGUCGAACCUCCAAGAUGGGCCAAGAGACACAGCCUCAAGUGUGAUUUCACCCCUACCAGAGCCAAGUUAACGGAGCCACCACCUUUCGCGCUCACUGAGGUUUACAUCAAUCCUAAAGCCACCAAAAUGGGCACCACCACGCGUUGUUCAUGUGCGAAACGCAAGGGUCUCUCUCUUUUGCUUGUAUCCAAGUUGAUCAACAAAAUAGCCACUCCCAUCUUCUGGUCGCAGAACACAUUCUGCUUCAUGGAUGCUGUCGAGUUCAUCGCUGCUGUCAAGCAUAACCUCCGGCCCCAGCACCGUGAAAUGAUUCAGUCUCUCAGCAUCAUCAAUCCCGAUCCCAGCGGAGCCCCCACUCACGUUUCCUUCGCCGGUGAGCGCUCAAAGUUCAUGGACGAUUUUUGGAAAACCAUCAAAAACUGCCCGUCUCUUCGAAAACUGGAGGUCGCUUACGCCUACAUCGAACCAACCCGCAAAGUCCCAACACACGAGCACCUCAAUGAGAUACCCGAGAUGCUCCCAAAUCUUUCGACUAUCUCCCUUUCCUUCUUAGUCCCCAUCAACCGGCGAAACCUUGGGUUUAACUAUCCUCCGCCUUACUAUUAUGACGAGUGGAGCCAUCAAGCUCUAUAUGUCAAAUACUCGCGCCCUCUUUCAUUGCUGCGGGAGGAACCGUGGACAGAGAGCGAGCUGCACCUUCAUUACCGAUACUUCCAUUUCAACUUCCGCGUUUAUGUCUCAACUGCGUCCAAAGUUAAAUUCUGUGGCGCCGACAUAGAGAAAUUGGACAACUAUUACGCUUCUUGGCGGAUUCCCCAGACCUUGAACGCGGAGAGCAACAUCCGUCGGCUGCAACUGCCGAAUGGGGAGACCACAGUGGUCAAGGUGUACGGUCUGCCGCUGACGGUGAAAGCGAGGAAUGCCAGGCUUAGCUAUGUCAAAGCUGAGGCUCGCAAGAGAGAACGCCGCCCAGAUGGGUCCAGGGUUGCUGAGCAUGAGGCCAUGAAUUUUGCCAAACAGCGAAAGCGACAAAGUCGCCAAGGGGACAUGGAACAGGAGAGAGAUGAAUACCAGGAACUACAAAUAGCUCGUGGAGUAAGGCGCCUCGAUUUGAAGGCUAAAGAGGACAAAGAUGCCAAGAAGUCGGCUAAAAAUGAGCGGAAAUCUGUAAGGAAGGGCAUGAAGGCAGCUGAAGAAAAUCGACGAUUGGAGAGAAAAAGGGUAGGGAAAGGGCCCAUAGCAUGA